AUGGACACAAACACUACUGCGCCCACUGUGGCAGAUCAAUCCUCGAAUAGCGGGUCCUCACCGAAUAAUGUAAAGAUAAAAAGACCCAGGAAGAAAGUGUCCAAGGCCUGCGCUAAUUGCAGGAGAAGGAAGAUUAAAUGUACCGGAACGUAUCCGUGCUCCAAUUGCGCCGCUUACCAAUGUGAAUGCAUAUUCGAUGAUCUUAAAGAAGACUCAUCAAAUCCUUCUACUGUAGGGGGAACCACUCAGAAAGUGACCAAGACGAAACGAAAGUCUCAUACUAAGAAACAUAAUGAAGAAGCAGCUUCACAGCAGUUGAAAUUUGACGAGACAAAUUCAGUUCAUGUGGGAAUUCUGCCCAUUAAUGGCUCUUCUGUAAAUAAUAAUACUAAUACUAAUACUGAUAAUACAACUUUUGUUCCUACUACCCCUUGGAACGAGGGAGCAUACGCUAAUGAGGAACGUUUCAAUGAGUCAGGUAUUCAAUUUGAUUCUAUCAAGAAUGGUAAUGUUCCUUUGAGAUCAAGUGAAAACUUGCCAUUGCUGGCGUCUCCGCUGGAAUCCCGCGAUGGAAUCACAGAAGAUUCAGAAUUUGCAUUCUCACUUAAUGACCAGGAACAACAGAAUAGCCAACUAUCGGCAAGUAAUGGGUUAUAUGAGGACGAUUUGGGUAUAAGAGAACAAAUAGAUAAAUUUAGAGGCGCUAUAAAACAAUUGAAAUCACUACCCGGUGAUAAUCCUGUCAUACUGAAGGCAAUCGAAACUAUUAAGAAACAAAUGGUGGAAUAUAUGGAUAAAUGGGAACCUAAGAUCAAUUUAAACAAUUCAGUAAAUUCAUCCAGUUUUGGCCCAGAGUAUGAUGAUAAAUCGAUCGAAACUUUACUUAUGAAAAACAAAUAUAGAGAUAGAGUUAAUUUAACAAGUUUUUCAGUGUUCCAAGGUAAAAAUAAUUUGAAAAACUCAGAUGAAGACUCUGAAUUCUUCUCCAAAUUACCAUUAAUCGAUGAAGUAUUUGGGUUAUACUCCCCCAUUCAAACAUUAUCGUUGCGUGGGAUUGGGUUCCUACUACACAGACAUGUCAUUAGUAAAGCAUCUUCAUUAAAUAUAGAUUACUUAAAGGCAACAGUCUAUAUGAUGUUAAGAUUCUUCGAUAUUUGUUGCAUAUAUCUUAACGAGAGUUGUUUAUCAAUUUCCAACCCAUUGGAGUAUUAUUUACAAAGGAAAGAUGCUCAAUUUAAUUCUCCAGUGAUAAGAAGUCCUUCAUCCUCUACAACAAGUCCCAAAGGUGCCAAUAAUAAGGAUCAGGUCCUUUUUCUUUUAUCUAAAUUACCAUCCACAUUUCUUGAAAAAUUAACAACAGUGACAUAUCCACAAUUGGUAGCAACAAUGAAUAAUGAUUUGGAAAUGUUCAGUCUCCUAAUUAACAUGUACUCUGCUCACAAAAAUAAUGUUGAAAAGUCAAUGUUGAAUAUUACAUCUCGUAAUAUGAAAGAUCCAUCCGCAUUCAAUGAAGAUAUCUAUAAUGAUUCAGAAGUGGAUGAUAUCUUACUAACUCUAUGUUAUAGUUAUUAUAAUGCCACAUUAUACCAUUUGGAUGAAUACAAUUCAUUGGAAUAUUUGGAAAUAUUGUUAGCCCUAUUAGAACAUCAGACAUGGUUAGAUGAGCAUUACGGUCUGGAAAAAGUCUUAACAGUCGCUGUUGGAUGUGCAUACAAGAUGGGUCUACAUCGUUGGGAAUAUUAUGUCGGGUAUGAUGAAGUUGUGGCAGAAAGGAAAAGAUUAUUAUGGUGGAGAUUAUAUCGUUGUGAAAAAUUUUACUCUUUGAGAACAGGUGAAUUGUCUUCCAUCAAUGAUGAAAAAAUGAAUUGUCUAUUGUUUAAAGAGUUUAGAGAUGUUGGAUUUGUCGAUCACAAAGAUUUUAUACAGAGAGUUCAAGAUGUAUCUAGAAAUGAAAUUUUUGAUAGCAUGUCCAUUACUUCACUCAGAGACUAUGGUGAAUGUGCCCUAUUCCAACUAACAAGUGAAUUUUUUGCAAAUGUAUUAUAUUCUGAACAUUUCACAUCCAUAAGGAACUCAGCUAAACCUCUAUGCUUAAGAGUUAGACUACUCAAUGAAGUCUUUGACCAAAUUGACAUAUUAAAGGCCAAUUUUGAUAAAGUCAAAGAGCAAACAUAUAAAUUAUUUGAAAUUGUAACUGAUCAAUCGAAUCCACGCUAUUCUAACUUAUUAAAGGAAGAUGUACUUGUGGCGACAAAUCAUGUCUUGUUUCAAGAACACAUGUUCUGUACAAUUCUAAGUUCUGCUAAUAAUUUGAUUUCUAGACUAUCAGUUUGGCCAAGGCCACAAAUAGUUACAAAUAGAUUGAAUGACUAUGCCAAUGAACUUUACAAAACGUGGGUAGGGAUGGGGAAACUUCUCGUCACUUUGGAAAAUGAUUAUGCUGUUUGGCGAGGGAUGAUGCCAUAUUUGAUAGUGUUUUUAUUGACAAUUACAAAGACUUUUAAUGACUCCAAUUUUUUCAAAGAAGAAGAUCUUUUGACAAAUUUAAGAAUCUUCAAACGUUUGGAAAAUCUUUUCCUAUACCUCGAAAGUGAUUCCAACAAGCAAGUUUUAACCUCUCGCACUUUGAAGGGAUUUUCAAGAAGUUUUUCAUUGUCCAUAAUCCUUACUCGUAUUUUAUUACUCGAUUUUAUGAGUAACCAUAAUAUAUCAGUGGAAGACCUGAAAAAUAUAAUAAUAAUCAAUGGUGCCGAUGUUGUGGAUUUGAUUGAUGUUAUCCUUGAUUAUAAAUCCCAUAUAUACAAAUAUCUUUUAGAGGCUGUUCAAAAAUCGGGACUUCACUUAAAUGUCAAGCAAAUGUUAGAGAAUGAUAAAAAAUUCAUGAAUUUGAAAAAGAUCCAAUCACUGAAGGAAAGUUCAUUUGUGAAUUCCAAUGAACCUCAAAUGCCAGUUCCAAUUCAUUACAACGCAGUUAAAUUAUAUCCUGCAACCUUGUUACAACCAAUCUCACCAAGUAAAAAUAUGAGCCCCACUGAUCACCCUCCUCUACCAUCAAUAAAGACAAUAACGACGCCAAAUGUAAUGAACACGUUGUCACCUUUAACUACAACGUCCCCUCAGGCUCGUUCACCCCAGCCACCACAGGAAUUAUUAUAUCAAUUACCAGAUCAAGAAUUACAAGCGGAAAUACAGACACAAACUCCAUUCUUAUUUUCUUCCAUUGAUAAUAAUCCAUCUAAAAGUUACAAUCUGGGGACACUAGAAGAAUUCGUUAAUAACACAGAUUUAAACGAUUUGUACAGUGUCCUUUGGAAUGAUAAUAUUCCGGAUUCAUAUCAGUAG